AGUUAACCACAAAGAAAGUUUACAUGGUUGAUAUUCAAAUCCCAAGCACAUUCGACCCGUUCGCGGAGGCCAAAGAAUCAGAUGCACCGGGUACAAAAGAGUAUGUGCAUAUUCGCAUACAGCAGCGGAAUGGAAAGAAGAGCCUAACCACAGUUCAAGGGCUGAAGAAGGAGUUCAGCUAUGAGAAGAUCUUAAAGGAUCUCAAGAAAGAGUUUUGUUGCAACGGAAACGUCGUCAACUGUAAGGAUCUCGGCAAGAUUAUCCAACUCCAAGGCGAUCAGCGCAAGAAUGUUUCGCACUUUCUUGUUCAUGCUGGUCUCGUCCGAAAGGAUAACAUCAAGAUUCAUGGUUUUUGAUCAAGGUUAUAGUUCAUGUUUGUGUUUUCUACAUGCAUGCUUGUAUUAAAUAAUUAAGCAUAAAAAAUCUUGUAUAAUUGAUAUAAUCUUAAUGAGAAAAUCACCUUUCCUAGGUGAGUUCAUA